AGUUAAAAGCAUCUAUCCAUGUGUAUGAUGUACCUAGCUUGCUAUAUAAUAAUUAUUGUUGCAGUCACUGUAGCAGCCUCACAAUUAUAGCUAUGCACUACAGUUGGAGGUUGCUAGUAUACAAGGACUUGGCAUGAGAUAAUGGCUACUGGGCAAGACUCAGGCCUACAAGUCGAAGAGCAACUGGUAGUGGAUUUGUGGGAGGCUGUUAGAGAUGAUGAUGUCAUCAAAGUGAGGUCCCUGUUGGAACAGGGGGCCAACCCCAAUCACCAACUGUAUUGGAGGAAGGAUUGGUGGAACAUGCAUAUACUCCCUCCAGUACAUGAAGCAUGCAAGAAAGGCAAUCUAGAGAUCACCAAAGCACUCGUUAGUGGCGGAGCUGAUAUUAAGAGAGGUGAGAGGGAUGGGAGUAUCUUUACCCCACUGCACUUUGCUUGUUGGAGUGGACACAAAGACACUGUACAGUGGUUGGUGGAAGAAUGCAAGUGUGAUGUUGAUGUGAUUGAUGUUGAUGCCCCCACUCCUUUUGACUGUACAAUACAGUAUGGUUUUCAUGAAGUUGUUGACUAUCUCAAUAUAGUCAACAACUUCAAGUCUGAGCAAGCCCUUAAUGAAGCCAUGAAGGCUGGAUUUGUCCGUGUGAAGACUACGAAUAUAUUGUUCUUUGGAAUGGCCGGUACUGGUAAAACCUCCACUAAGCAUCUUCUUCUGGGACUGCCUCCUCUUGAAGAUCGAAAUAGCACUCCAUUAGCUAGCACAGCAGAGAAGAUAUGUAUUCGACAAAUCCGUGACACUACAAAGCUGAAAAUGGAAGCUCAAGAAGAUCCCUCUAGAAUAUGGAGACCAGUAUCUAGUGAUGAUCUACAACGCAUUGUUGCUGAUGUUAUUAAAUCUUAUGUAACCAACUCAGAUCCUAACUCUAAAGCAUCUGCUAUCCCACAAGAACUCAGCAUUGCUCUGAAGCAACUUGAAUCUAGCAAUGAAUCGGGUACGCAAGUUGAUGCAACUCCUUCGACUUCAAGAGCUAGUCCAAUGGUAGCUGGAGCAAAAACAAGUAAACUUCUCAACACUGUUCGGAAUGUAAUGGAAAAUAUUCAGCAGUUUUGUGAUGAUGAUCAUACUGCACUUCAAGAAAAGUUUGAAUCACAUUGGAUCUACAUAAUCGAUAGCGGUGGGCAACCACACUUUCAUAAUUUACUUCCACUAUUCAUGCCCAGAAUUUCUGUAGCUUUGUACGUUCUUCGUCUGUCUGACUGCCUAGACGAUCAUCCGCUGGUUGAAUACUACAAGGACAACAAGCCAGUUGGUGAAGGUUUCAAGUCACAUUUCUCAGUUCUGGAUAACUUCAAGCAUCUCGUGCAGUCAAUUCAAUCUCACAGUGAAAACUGCAAGCUUGUAUGCAUUGCUACUCACAAAGAUUGUCAAUCUGAAUGCAAGGAAACAUUAUCUGACAAGAAUAUAACUUUGUUGAACUUUGUGGAGAAGGAUAUUACUAAGAAUUUGACCAUGUUUUCUAAUUUGGGCAAGAAAGAAAUCAUAUUUCCUGUGGAUUGCAAGCAUUGCGAUUCUGACAGUGAGAAAGUGGCAAAGACAAUUCGUAAAGAAUGUAUACAAUCUCAAGAGCUGAAUAAUAAUGAAAUCCUAGUUCCUUUAUGGUGGUUUGUUUUGGAAAUUGUAGUCGAGAAAGUUUCAAACGAUCAUAACAGAAAAGUUUUAAGCAAGACCGAAUGUGUAGAAUUUGCGAAAGCAUUUCAGAAUUUUCACGAAGAUGCACUUGUUGAAGCCUUAAAAUUCUUCCAUGAGCAUCACAUAUUUCACUACUAUCCUGCCAUUCUACCAAAUGUGGUAUUCUGUGAUACUCAAGUGCUUCUUGAUAAAGUAACAGAGCUUGUCGAGUAUGCUGCAUAUGUGCGAGGAAGUAAUGAUCCAGCAUCUGGAUGUGGAAACUGGUUAGAUUUUAUUAAUAAAGGGAUUAUUACAAUUGAAAUUUUAUCUGAGAAAUUUUUUGAAAAGCAUUAUAUUGAUGAACUCUUUGCACCUACGGAUCUCAUCAAAAUAUUCAAGCAGUUGCUGAUAGCCGCCCCAUUUGGUUUAUUCUCACUGGGGCAAGAUAAGCGUUUCUAUAUGCCCUCACUUCUAUCCCCAUCAACUCAAGUCAAUGACAAACGGGCUGAUUUGCUUAAGACUGGUUUAAUCCCACUCGUUUUACAAUUCAAAAGCAACUGGCAGUGCUGUGGAGUGUUUUGCUGUCUCCAAGUGUACUUAAUUAAAGAAUGUGAAUGGGAAAUUGAAAUGGAGGAUUAUCAGCCGAGUAUAAACUUUGUACAAUUGAUUCAUCAAAAGCGAGACUGUACUAUCACGCUAAUUGAUGAAUUUUCGUUCCUCGAAAUUCAUUUUCUAGUAGUAAUCGAAAAGAAAUAUUGUCUUUGAUACAUGAAAACGUUCACUCUGGUCUUCGAUCUGCUUACAAAGCCCUGAAAUACACGUAUGAGGAGCCUGAAGUUGCAUUUUUCCAUGAAUUUCCUGAGUCUCCAACUGAAAUAAAUCACCAAGUGCCCCGCCACCCAGCUCGUGUUCUGGCUGAGGAUGAUGUUAUGAGGUGUACUCUAUGCAAGAAGACGUAUAAGCUAGAAGACGGUCAUAAAGAUUGGCUCUCUGCUUGUUGCAUUGCUGUACAUGAGGAUGAUCAAGGGGGUGAAAAUCAAUUGUGUACUAACAACUUGCAAGACAUUUUCUCUGAAUUAAUGGGUGCCAUUAAUGAAUGGUUUGCAUUGGGCCUUGCUUUAGGGAUUCAAGAUCCCAUGCUUCAGGAAAUAGAAUCUAAUAAAAAAAGCAACAAAGAUCGUUUGCGUGAAAUGCUGGCCCACUGGUUGCGAACUUCACCUUCUCGUACAUGGCGUGACAUUUGCAAUGGCCUCAGAAGUAACACUGUCGAACACUACGUUCUAGCGGAUAAAAUUGAGAAGAAAUACAACAAUGGUCAGCUAUGUUGGAAGCAAAGAAAAAGUGACUCGUCCCGACCACCGGGCCGUCAUCCCCCUAUCACUGGUGAGAAGAGAGAGGCCACUAAACACACUGAGCAAGUUCUCCCCAAGAAACCUCGGUCAGAGAAGCAGUGAGGGAGGAAAAUAAACUAUACGUGCACUUUCAGUUGACGUUCGCUUCCUCAUAUAGAGAAUAGAAAUACGUAGUACAAUUUUCUCGUAAAUUUUUCCCCUAACACAAUUCAUUAAUUGUUAUAAUUAUUGACCGUUAAUAUUAACCUCUUGUUAUCUCAAGUGCUUGCGCGUAGUUUAAGUGGUUUGCGGACGGUGAUCAUGAAGCUAU